CAUUCUGUGUAGUGUCGAUCGACCUUACGACGCCAAAGAUAAAAACGAUUGCAAAACAUGCUGAAUGUAGUCACUAUCUGAAAGAUUGGAAGUUGAGACAUGUUAAGUUCUUUGUUGAUUAGAAGUGCAUGUAAACAAGUGCAAAUAAAUUACGAAAAUGGUGGAAAACUCAAAUUCAUCCAGUGAUAAACCAAAUGACAGCGCAACAAACCAAAUGCUAGGGAAAGGGUUAGUGUGUAAAACACGUGAGGAAUAUUUUGCAGCUUUAGAAAAAUGGCUCCAAGACGUAUAUGUGAUGCAGAGUUUCGCGGCGUCAUUUCCGUAUAUUUUAAUGUGUAAUCAGUUAAUGCCAAAUGCAGCCACGAAUAAUCUGACAUCAAGUGUUAAUACCGCCACUGGUAUACCAGGGGCAGGAGUGUUUCAGUUUAUUACUCCUCCCCCCUAUCUGCAAGGGCAGCAAGCGAAUGAAGGCGUCAGACAUCGAUUUGGCCCAAAUGUACAGAGUCAACGAAGGGAACAGGCCAAUCUUCAAGAAGGAAUCGUGUACAAAAUACCUGCUGUGUGGAAGAGGAUAAUUGCUGAGCUCUUGGACUUUGUCAUACUAUUAUUUGUAAGAUUAGCUAUUACUUUUGUUGCUGUGGAUUUUGACAUUAUAGACCUUGAGAAGUACGACUUUGAUCUACUGAACAGAAAUGUUAAAAUGGACUACAAAGUUGCUGUUGAAAUGACAUCUGAAAUCUUACUGCUUGAAAUGAUACACAGACUUGUGGUCUGUCUUUUUGAGGCCUUUUGGAUAAGGAGAGGCAUAGGACCCCGUAUGGGAGGUGCAACUCCAGGAAAGGCUGUGCUAGGAAUUCGUGUUGUUUUGUGUGAAAGGGUAACAGAUGUUGAGGGUCGUCCUGAUAUUGUUUUGGUUACACCAGGCACUGAUCCAGGCAUGUUUUGGGCUUUUGCCAGGUCUUUAAUAAAAAAUUUGAUUUUAGCUGUCUUGUUUCCAGUGUGCUUUGUGCUCUUUCUUUUUAGGCACAACAGAACUGGAUAUGACAUAAUUUGCAGAACACUUGUUGUAGAAGAUGCUCCACCAGCUAGAAAUUAAAGAAUUCUGCCCAUGUAUACUUUAAUGACCAUAUCCUCAUGUUCCUUAUUUCCUUCUCUGUGACUCCCUAUUAUUCCCAGUGACCCACUCCUUUUUCUCAUCCUACUGAUCUUUACCUUUUAGUAUUAUUUGCCAUCUUGCCUUAUUCUUCUCUGCAUUAAAACACACACACACACACACACACACACACACACACACACACACACAGCAACCAGACUUUCGGAGUGUAUAUACAUUGUAAAUCGAUAUUUAUAUUUUCUCAAUACAGAAAAUGACUUUAAUAUUAAAGAGUUGUAAAGUUUGAAAAUAUUAUUAAAAUAUUUUUGGUUCUCUGACA